AUCCCGUGGUGCCCCGCGGCGCAGCGGCUGGGCUCGGCUCGGAACGUUCGGCUCGGCUCGGCUCGGCGCGGCGCUGCCCGGCCUGUCCCGUCUCCCCGCGGCCGCCGCGCUCACGCGAGUCCCCGGCUUCCGCGCGGCCUACCCGGCUCGCCCGCCAUGGCGCGGCCGCUGAUGCCCAGCUCGCAGAAGGCGCUGCUGUUGGAGCUGAAGGGGCUGCAGGAGGAGCCCGUGGAGGGGUUCCGGGUCACGCUGGUGGACGAGGGCGACCUGUACAACUGGGAGGUGGCGAUCUUCGGGCCCCCCAACACCUACUACGAGGGCGGCUACUUCAAGGCUCGCCUCCGGUUUCCUGUCGACUACCCCUACUCCCCGCCUGCCUUCCGCUUCCUCACCAAGAUGUGGCACCCAAACAUCUAUGAGACUGGAGACGUUUGCAUCUCGAUCCUGCAUCCUCCAGUGGAUGAUCCGCAGAGCGGGGAGCUGCCAUCGGAGCGGUGGAACCCCACCCAGAACGUGCGGACGAUCCUCCUGAGCGUGAUCUCACUGCUCAACGAGCCCAACACGUUCUCACCGGCCAAUGUGGACGCCUCGGUCAUGUACCGCAAGUGGAAAGAGAGCAAAGGGAAGGACCGAGAGUACACGGACAUCAUCAGGAAGCAAGUCCUGGGAACCAAGGUGGAUGCAGAGCGGGACGGCGUGAAGGUGCCCACCACGCUGGCUGAGUACUGCGUGAAGACCAAGACGCCAGCCCCAGACGAGGGCUCAGACCUCUUCUACGACGACUACUAUGAAGACGACGAGAUGGAGGAGGACGACGACGACGACGCUGACAGCUGCUACGGCGAUGAGGAUGACUCUGGCAAUGAGGAGUCCUGACGUCCCCCUGCCCGCGCCAAAGCUCCUUUAUAAACUCCUGAAUUUUACCUCGGCUCGGAUGCCCUGGUUUGAAUCUCGGCUCGGUCGGCCCCGGCCCUCGCACUCUACCUCACGGGGAGACUGUGCUGCUGUGCAAGAGAAACCACCGCUGUCUUUGUAAAAUAUAACCCUGUUUUAUAUGGGGGGGAGGGAUGGGGGGGGGGGAUUCACUGAGGUAUUUUCUGUAUCUGCCGGGAUGUGGAAGCUGGUGUCUCUGGGUGGAGUGAGAGGGGAUGUCUCCGUGGGGUGAAAUUGGUCUUGCACCCUGCCUGGGAGAAACAGCUUGGGGGUGGCUACAUGGAGCUGGUGCAGCCUGUUGGGUGGAGAGGUGGCAGGGGCUGCUGUGGUCCUCCGCAGCCUACCCCGUUCACAAGCCAUGGGAACAGUCCUUGCUCCCACUAGCCCCUUCCCUGCACUUCAGGAGCCCGUUGGGCCCAGGGGCUGAGAUCCCAGCAUGCACAACCUGGGCUGGAGCAGCUCCCUUCCUCCCUUGGGCCCUCCUUCAUGGGGAAGGGGGCAGAGGUGAAGGGUGCCCCAGGGUGGAUCAUGGCUGCACUGACAAGCUGGGGGGGAGGGUUGUUUUUAAAGGGGGGGGGGUAGUUUUAACUCUUCCUGCUGCUUUGGGGGUUGUUUUGUUCUGUUUUGGAUUUUUUUUUUUUUUUUUUUUUGAAAACUAUUUAAUAAAAGUACUUUUAAGGGA